AUGAGCGACUCCGACCCGAGCCAGAAGAAGCCCGGAGUGCCAUCAUGGCAGCUCAGCUCGAAGGAUACAACCCCGGCCGAGGCGGACACAGAUGCAGAGAGUGAGGCAGGUGCAAAAGCAGAGACACAGCGAGAAUCGCCCAGCCGAGAGUCAGUGAUUGAGCAGGCCAAGAGGUUCCUGCAGGAGGACGAAGUGCGCAAUGCAUCAACCGACAAGAAGAUCUCUUUUCUCGAGAGCAAGGGUCUCACAAGUGAGGAAAUCCAGACUCUGCUGGGAGUAACGCGGAAUCCAGAAGCAUCGGCCCAAGCACCAGCCCACACGCAAGAUCAAGUCAGUUCUACAUCCUCGCAGAACUCUUCACCAUCCCCACAGUCGCAACCUACAUACUCAAGUCCUCCACCACGCGAUAUCCCCCCUAUAAUAACCUACCCCGAGUUCCUCACAACCCCCCAGCACCCCACACCCCUCGUAACCACUUCCCGCCUCCGCGCAACUCUCUACCUCUUCGGAGCUCUCUCCGCCCUCAUCUACGGCACAAGUAACUACCUCGUCACACCAAUGGUCGAAGCCCUCACCGCAUCACGGUUAUCUCUCGCCGAGACCGCAACUACGAACCUCUCCAAACUAAUAACCAAGUUAGAGAGCGUGGUGUCAGAGAUCCCACCCGAAAAACCACGUUCGCGUGCUGGGAGGACAGGAGAAGGGGAGAUGGAGGUGGAUGAAGAGAGUGAUGAAGAUCCUACAGAGAUGUUCCAUAGAGAUAUCGGCAUCCAGACGUCUCUGCCCCCUACUCCCUCCUCGGGCCCCGCCUCCUCCCCCCCAUCCUCGUCUAGCGCCAUCAACGACCAAGCCACCCGUCUGAAAUCCAUCUCCACCUCAGUGACCAGCCUGCUAGAGGACAGCACGAGUGAGGGGCACGAUAUAUCUGAUCUCAGCACGACCGUUGGGAUCUUGAGGGAGUAUUUGGACGGCCUCGCGUAUGUCAUGCCCAGUUAUGGGUACGGGACUGGGGGCUAUGGCAGUGGGCCGCAGGCGGACGAUGAGAUUGGGAAGGUCAAAGCGAGCAUUAGGAGCGUGAAGGGGGUGUUGCUGAGUGCGAGGAGUUUCCCGUCGGUCGUGAGACCGGUGAGAUGAGACAUACGAUUGCUCAGAUAGCAUGAUACCAAAUGCCACAGCUCUAAUCCAUGUAGGUCCAGGUCCAAGAUAUGAUCCUGAUCGAUCCGUGGAUACCUAUGAAUGGCUUCUAAUAAUCCACCCCAAGAAAAGAAAGCAGAGCAUUUGAAAUAGGGAAUCGGGGGGACGCAAUUUAUAUUAUAAGGUACCUAGCUAUCCUAUAUUCUCAAGAGACAGCAGUACUGCUCAUUUCCAAAAACGGAAAUCGAAUGCUUUUUGUUCGCGAGAUAGAGAGUGGGAAUAGGUAAGUAGGACGAC